AUGAAGGUCUCAGUAGCAACUCUAGCUGCCGUCGGUGUGACCGUCGUUAACGGUGUAGCCAUUGAGCCUCGCGGCAACAAGCUCGUCACCUCGGAAGGAUUGCGUAAGUUGAUCAAGGUCAAGGCGUUGGAGGAGAAGGCACACCUUUUCGAGCGCUUCGCAUACGACUCUCCCGACAAGAACCGCGUAAUUGGCAGCGAGGGACAUCAAGCGACCAUCGACUAUAUUACAAACACGGUCAAGAAGUUCCCGAAGUACUACGAUGUGUACCAACAGCCUAUGCCAUUGUCUGUAGGCGUGAGCGCGAACCUUACGGUUAAUGGUGAGGACGUCGCUGUCGAUGCUGUAGGACUUGCUCCAGGAGGCAGUGCUUCUGGCCCGGUCGUCGCGAUUCCGAAUUUGGGUUGUGAGGAGGCUGACUUUCCGGAUGACCUGAGUGGCUCGAUUGCUCUUAUUGCACGAGGCACUUGCGUCUCUGGUGAGAAAGUUGCUUUCGCUACGUCCAAGGGCGCCAUUGGCGUUUUGAUCUACAACAACGUUGAGGGCGACCUUCUCGGCUACUCGCUUCAGCGAUAUCCUGAGUCAGACAGUGAUUAUGUACCGACUGGCGGCAUCACCCAAGCAGCCGGAGAGGGUUUUGCCUCAUUGCUUGCUUCCGGAGGAAAUGUCACUGCGCAGCUCACUACUACAGCCAAGGAUAUCACGACCUACAACAUCAUUGCCCAGACGAAGGGUGGUGACCAGGAUAACGUUAUCCAUGUUUCUGGCCACUCCGACUCUGUUGCCCAAGGACCUGGCAUCAAUGACAAUGGCUCAGGAUCGAUUUCCCUGCUUGAAAUCGCGAUUCAGCUCACACACUUCUCCGUAAAGAACGCCGUGCGCUUCAGUUGGUGGACAGCAGAAGAGGAAGGCUUGCUUGGCGCGGAGUACUACGUCAAAUCUCUGAACCAGACCGAGAAGGAGAAGAUCCGUCUGCUGCUCGACUUCGACAUGAUGGCUUCGCCCAACUACGCAUUCCAGAUCUACGACGGUGAUGGUUCAGCAUUCAACCUCACCGGUCCCGCGGGCUCCGCUGAAGCCGAGGCCGAGUUUGCCUACUACUUCGACAGUAUUGCCAAGGUAAACCACACUGAAAUCGAAUUCGACGGCCGCUCUGACUACGGCCCAUUCCUCGAUGCCGGUAUCGCUGCGGGUGGAAUUGCGUGCGGCGCUGAAGGCAUCAAGACACAAGAGGAGUUCGAGAUGUUCGGGGGCGCGGCUGGUGUUCCGUACGAUGUGAACUACCAUGAAGAUGGCGAUACGGCGAACAACCUGAACUACGAUGCUUGGAUCGUCAUGGCGCGCGCAAUUGCACACUCGACGGCUACCUAUGCCCGUAGCUUCGACAGCUUACCGCCGAAGAACUCUACGGCCAUCAAGGCACGGAGUGACGCGAAGAUGUUCGAGUACAAGAAGAGCGCGAGGUACCUUAGCAUGAUAUAG